AUGCCUCCUCCUGAGCAGCUCACACCAGAGUCUGCAAGCCCUCUUGUUAGACCAGAGGUAGCCAUCACGUCCGACCAUGACCCCGCCAUGAGUGAUCAAAAGCCCGCCAAUCUGCCAGAUGCUUCCUCGCCGACCGUCGCUGCUAUUCCGCCAGAGUCAGAAUUAAACGAGACUCGGAGCAAGGACAAGGAUGGCGGGAGCAAGAGUGACACACCAACCGCCCUGGAUGGCCAAACUGCUAAGGACAAGGCCCAAAGCAUCUUAAUGGACCUUACCGAGGAUAAGGCCCCAACAAAGCAAACUGCCGACAAGGGAAAGAGCCCGGUCGCUGGAGACGUGCCGGUUGAUAAAGCCGGCCGAGAGUCUACCUCUGAUGCUUCAGCUGACCCUCUAGAAUCAUCCGUCGCGACUCUCAAACCCACGAGACCACAGUAUUUAACAAUCACACCCGCCCCAUAUGUUGACCCCACGCCCCCAACCCCAGAAGGGUCUCAGCCUCCAUCGAGAACCAACUCCGCCCACCGAUUCAAGGGACAUGGCACCGAACCGUCUCCAACCCGAUCCGAUGCCGGGUAUGACGAGAGACGCUACCCAAGCGAGGAUGAGCAGGAGGGCAACUCUCGCUCGGAAAUCCAAAGCAUUAUGGAGCAGUUCCCUGAAGAGGGCGGUGGCCCCGGGGAAGACGAAGUAAUGAGUCCACGACUUGAGAUUACCUCACCCCUUCUCGGUAGUCCUCCGAUACAACAUCCCCCGAGAAAGUCCAGCCUUGAACCCCUCGCUCCGAGUAUUGCUCAGCAGUUGCAGGACAUUCAGGGCUUGGGGCUUUCGAACACGUCGUCAAUGAGUAUUAGGUCAAAGGAGAAGCAGAAAGAAUUUGAUGAUCAAGGCCCGCCGGUUCCGCCAAAAGAUGGACCACCUGACGAAAGGGUUCAUACCACAGACUCCCAGUCUUCGUCUGCGGCGCCCUUACAUCGGCCGCCGCCACCAGAUCCGGAGCCUGAGCCACCGCUUCCUUUUGAUUUCCAUCGGUUCUUAGAACAGCUAAAGCAUAAAAAGGCUGAUCCUGUAGCAAGAUAUCUCAAGUCCUUCCUGUCCGAGUUCGCAAAACGCCAGUGGAUGGUCCAUGAACAAGUGAAGAUUAUCGGCGAUUUUCUCGCAUUCAUAGCCAAUAAAAUGGCCCAGUGCGAAGUAUGGAGUGAAGUUUCAGACGCAGAGUUCGACAACGCCCGCGAAGGGAUGGAGAAACUUGUUAUGAAUAGGCUUUAUACACAAACCUUUUCACCCGCAAUACCUCCUCCCCAGCCUAUCCCUGGUGCGAAGCCAAAGCGCCGGGGGGGCGAUCGACCGAUGGGACCAGGGCGGCGCGGGCAGCACCAGGAGGACGUAGAGAGGGACGAAAUCCUAGCGCAAAAGAUCAACAUCUACGGCUGGGUCCGGGAAGAACACCUGGAUAUUCCGCCUAGCAAACUCCUCAAAAUCAAAUCCUACCGAGCACCCCGGGAUAAAAUCAUUUGUGUUCUUAAUUGCUGCAAAGUCAUAUUUGGGCUUCUCAAGCAUAACAAGUCUGACUCGUCCGCCGACUCAUUCAUGCCGCUUCUAAUAUUUGUCGUAUUACGUUCUAACCCAGAGCACCUAGUCUCUAAUGUUCAUUAUAUCUUACGGUUCCGAAACCAAGACAAACUCGCCGGGGAAGCCGGGUACUAUCUCUCAUCUUUAAUGGGUGCCAUACAAUUCAUUGAGAAUAUGGACCGCACCACUUUGACGAUCUCGGAUGAAGAAUUUGAUAAAAAUGUUGAGGCGGCCGUUUCUGCUAUUGCAGAAAAACAUCGAGCAGAGGAACCUCCUGCGCCUGUUCCUGCUACAGCUCAGCCUCAACUAUCCGAAAAGUCGGGACUACAACCUCCAGGGUCCUCUUCCGCGCGCCCAUCACUCGAUCUAGAUGGGCCGAACGCACCACGUCGAUCUUUGUCCUCUAAUGAUGAUAACGACUCUGGUGAAGAAGGACCUGCAAUCACCGGUUUACUUCGUUCGAUUCAAAAACCCCUUUCGUCCAUUGGUCGUAUAUUUUCAGAGGAUGCAAGUGCUGCCGGCCCUAGCUCACCUAUUCGCUUAUCCCAAUCAGAUACUCCCCGUCUUAGUCCGCGGCCGAGUAUGGAUAGACGCCCUUCGACGGACUUGCGUCAGCGGUUGUCCGCAGAGGAAGCUGCGGCAAGGCAGGCGAGCGCCGAAGUUGCUGAAGCUCAGAGAAUACAUCGAGCGGAACACAAUAACGUUGUAGAGACCCUUGCAGGAAUGUUUCCAGAUCUAGAUAGAGACAUCAUUAGCGAUGUUGUCUACCAGAAAGAAGGAAGAGUUGGUCUCGCAGUUGAUGCGUGCCUUGCUUUAAGUGCAUAG